CAGAUUUCUGUGUGUUUGAGACUAAAAGAAACAUGUCCACAGCGUUUUCUUUCCAGACGCAGCUCGUGUCCAUUAUGGACGCGUUGUCCAAAACAGCCGUAAUGGAAAUAAGCAAACUUGUAGAGAUCGAAUCGAAGAUGUUGAAGAUAGAGAUAACCCGAGGGCGAAACGAAAUCGCGUCGCUCACAGAGAAACUGCAGCUGAUGGAGAAGUUACUGUACAUGGCACAGGGACGCAGUCAGGAUGCAGCAGCCGUAGUGAUGAGAGAAGCUACAGAAAACGACGAUUUCUUGGCGCCUGACAGGACUAGACCUGUCAUUAAGAGUGAAACUCUGUGGGAAAACACAGCUUCCUCUGCUGAGAUGAGCAGUUUGCAACAAAGUGAAGAUCAUGGUUUAACUGAAAUGCCAAACCCACUAAAGGAGCAGUCUGAACCAAUAGUAAUAAAAGUGGAGCCAUCAGAGGCAGGCAAUGAAAAUGCUGAACAAGCUAGGACAAAUGAAAACAGAGGGGAAGCAGUCACAAACACCCAAAAGAGUCCAAAUGUGAUGCCCCACCCAAAACCCAUCGCUGAACUUCAGCAGCCUCCAUUCACCAAUAGAUUUGUGACUCUGAGCRCCCAGCAGUCGGUCGAGGAAGCUGGGAGAGGAAAAAUGCACUGGAACUCCCAGUUAACACCUGCAAACACAACCCUUCAGAUUGGGAAAAGCAUGGCUCAACAUGUUGCCUCCCAAAGUGCUAACGUACUCAGAAAUUUGAAGCUUCACAAUUUUAGAAGCUCGGCUGCAAAGAAGUUUGGCUGUUUGCAGUGUGGCAAGAGUUUCCGAUGCUUUAGUCAGCUCGAAAUUCACCAGAGAAGUCACACAGGAGAAAAGCCGUUUAGAUGUACGCUAUGUGGAAAGCGAUAUGCCCAGAAAGGGCACCUGUACACACAUCAGCGCACACACACUGGGGAAAAACCUUAUCGGUGUCCAAUUUGCGGAAAGGGCUUCAUUCAGAAAUGCACUCUUGAUAUGCAUCAGCGCACACACACAGGAGAAAAACCUUUUGUUUGUAUCAACUGUGGCAAAGGCUUUACGAAGAACUGUAAUCUGAAAAAGCACCUUGCUGUACAUCUAGAUCCAAGUUUGAACAUUUACGGUAAUGAAUCCAGUGCACCGUCAUUCAGUGGAACAGUUGCGAACAAAACGAGCAACGUUACAGCGGUGGGAAUCGAGCCAAAUCUCCCUAAUCUCCAGGCUCUCUCUGACGAUAUGAUGUGCGACACCACGAACAGGAGUUUUCGGACACAACUGGCCGUAAUCCUGGACAAGCUAACAAAGGCGGCUUUGGUUGAGAUCAGCAGUCUGGCAGAUGAAUGCUCCUCCGUCCUUCACACCGAGAUCUCUCUGCACAAGACGGAGAACGAGGCGCUGAAGAAGCGGUGUUACUCACUGGAGGUUCAGCUGAGAGCAGCCAGGGAGGGACAGUGCUAUCCUGGACACGUCAACAGCAGUCUGAGCCGCAGACAACUUCCAGAUCAGCACCAGUCGACUCCAGCCAUAGAUGGGGUGUUUGGAAAAGACUGGUGCAUGGACCUGUGGAGAGAAGAGAAGCAGCCCCAUCAAAGUCGAGAGUCGAUGGAGACCGCCGCAAUGACAAACUUAGAAAUAAGUAGCAUGAUGGGAAGAGAACCUGAUCUAAUCUUUGUUAAGGAGGAGACAUAUGACGACCAUCCCAUUAAUCAACAGAUGGGGCUUGCUGACAGCCAGAAAAUUGUUGGGAUGUUCGAGGAUGACAUGCUUCGUAGAUCUGUUGAUGAACUUCAGCUUCACUCUGGAGAACUGAACAGUUUCCCCAUGAUGUCCGAAAGCCAGCUGCAACAACGCACACAGCCAACAAUUGCAGACAGAUUAAUAGAUAAUGCGACAAUGAGCAGUCUGGCUGAAAACACAAAUCCUCCUUCAGCCGCUGUGGAAAACUCAGACUACACCAACAGUAUCCAGACGAACGCGACCAAAGGGCCCUCUUUUUUGCCAAAACCCAUUAAGCCGGCAAAGCGGUUCGAGUGUUUAUUCUGCGGGAAAAUCUUUAACUAUUUGAGCAGUUUGAAAGUCCACAUUAGACGACACUCUGGAGAGAAGCCGUUCAGCUGCUCGGUGUGCGGCAAGCGUUUUGCCCAGAAAACAUACCUAAAACUGCACCAGAGAGUGCACUCAGGAGAAAAGCCUUACAGUUGUCCAGACUGCGGCAAAAGCUUCUCCCAGAAAAGCUCGUUGAACAUCCAUCUUCGGACRCACACCGGUGAAAAACCGUACAGCUGUAUGGAUUGUGGUAAAUGUUAUGCAUAUAAAUACGGUUUGAAUCACCACCAGUGUUUCAACUGGUUAAUCAAACCAGAAGUAUUUGAYGGCGGCGCCCUCAGUGCUGCUCAGGGUGACACGUGUGGCAGUAUGUCACUACAAACCUCAAGCAUGGAUGAAAUGAACUUAUUCAAUGUAAAGAAAGGGAACUUGUAAUGCCUGAUGUUACCGUUGCUGCUGUCUGACGUGUUUUUUUGCUUUAUUGCAGACAAAUGGUGCAGCAGAAAAGCACCUAUUUGUUCAUGUCAGAUUGAGUUGAACAUCUAAAAUUUAAAAACCUCAUCCACUAGCAGGGGGACCUAGCUGCUAAGAGGAUAAUGUUAACCUCCGUUUUAUCAAUUCAUGUGUAUGUACCUCAUAUCUCAGGCCACCAAAGCCCUGUCUCAGUAAAAGCCAAAAGUUAACCUGGGCAGGUGCUCCUGGCUGACGUUUAAAACUACCUCCUUUUAGCAAAGUAAAAAAAAUAUAUAUAACAACUCUGUUUUAUUAACUAGGUAUCACCACCACUCUGUACUUUUUAAAUGCCAUGCCUCGUUUUUUUUUUUUGGGCAUUAAACUGAGUGUGGAGGCCUGCCUCCUUUAAAGAACAGAACUGUUGUAAAAAUGUUUGUCUUGGUAUUCUAUUAAAAUAAAUGCCAAAAGCUGUUGUCUUUA